CUCAUUCAUUUUUUGUUCACUUUACACAACAGCUCCUACAAAUUCACAGUCCCAUUGAAUUGGAUGAUGAACGGGUGUAUCACGGGUGUAACAGCAGCCAGAAGACAAAUGCAAUGGUAGUCUUGGGGCGUCUCUCCACCUCCACCUAAUAGCAGCCAGAACGAGUCGUGUGGCAAGAGCACAGGCAGCCAGGAAUAUCCCUCUGGAAUACAGCAGCAAAAACUUUCGCAAUGGCAUCUAAAUCCGAACUCAAUGAUCGCAGCUAUUGUCUGUUGAGCCUGUCCUGGAUGCUGAGCCAUCAGCCUCGCCUUGAAGGCGGCAACAACGAGUACUAUCGGGGACAACACUGGUCUCAUCGGUCGCCACAAUUCCAGCAGCAGGUGGAGCAGGAGCCUGGGUGCGUUACGUGUCCUUUCUACACAAAUGCGUCUGAUUUGGGGCUUGGACCAGCCCUUGCGAAACUACCUCCACACAAUGCAUACGCCAUGGAUAACAACAGGAUCAGAAGCACCGAACCCAACAAUCAGCAACCGUGUUCUUGCUACCCGUGCACCGCGACAAUAGAGGAUGAUCCACGCGUCGACGCGCCGCCUCCUACAGAGACGGCUCCUACAGGCCACAUGGAAAAUAGCGAGGAGUACAACUGGAUCGAAGGCAGUGAGCCAAUGGAGCAGCAAUCGCCUGCGGAGAAAGAUGCCACAGGGAGGAAAAGCCAGGACAACGACGCGAAGGGCAAGUCCCAUUACAUGGAGUAUCGCCAGUUCAAAGGCACUUCGAAAACGAAGCCCAGCAGAGAGAUCAAGUCGGGUACGGGGAUCAGACGCAGAGACGGCAACGAUCCGCUCUACUUUGAUCCCCUCAACUACAGGUCCACGAGCAAGAAGAGAAAAAGGAAAGUUGUUAAAAUCAGUGUACCUGCCGCGACACCCGUCCAGAAGUGCCAAUGCACCAAGGCGGCCAUCCCCACCCCCACCACAAAACGGAAUACCCCCGAGCACAAAAAGGGCUAUGUGUGCUCCGACCGAUGUCCGCGAUGUCGGAGCCGUAGCCGUAGCCGAGAUAAUCGUUCUCCUCCGCCAGUAGCUGUGCGGACCAAAGCCCGAUCCCGCCGCCCGUUUGCAGUUCGCUCCCAACGGUCAGUGGCCGCCAGUGGAAAGUCUGCAGGGAAAUCUGCUUGCUCCUGCUCGACAUCGAAAGGGAAUCCCUCGAAGAGGCGGCCAACGGAUUACAUUGCCACAAAGCCAAUUAAGAAGAUACUGAAGAGGAAUCCCCUGGCCGUAUGCCAGGCCAGCUCUCAAAUGGACGACAUUCUGCCCCACGAGGAGUAUUUCGAGAAGUACGAGCAAAACUGGACAAACAGGCACAAGCACAAACGAUCAGCCAGGUGUGGGGGGGGCAUACACGGCAGGAAUCCCUUGGCCGUGUGCCGUCCAUGCUCUGAACAGCUGGAGGAAUACACCGAUAAUAACGGCUAUCCAGAUGAGACUAGGGCCAGGAAAUUUCAGUACCAGGCCUCCGACGAGACGAUGAUGGAGUGGCAGGAGAACAUUCAUCACUACGGCUAUCCGGAGAACGGGACAGAGGCGCACAGCAGCUGGUCCAACAAGGAGAGAACCACCAAGACAUGUCCCGUUUGCGACCAACUGGGAUGUGCGCCGCCAAAGCCAAAGCGGGCCUGCAUCCGCCUGGUCUGCCGCGUGCAACCCAAGCGACCGACUGCAGGGAGUGCCGCAUAUGGAAAACUGGUCAUUCUGCCGAAUGCCCAAACGAAAAAGCCAACGACCAUUUAUAGAUCUUUGGGACCGCCGUAUCCUAUACGACGGGUGCGCCGAUCACGCAAGAGCAGCCAUUUUCCGGCAGUGCCACAACCCUGCCUCCUACGCAUUUGCUAUGAAACACCUGGGCCCAGGACCCGGACGCUACGUUGUAAGGGCGGAAGAAACGAAUCAGCCGGAGUGCCCAGAAAUCGCAGCAGAACCCGAACCAGGCCGACAACCGUUGCUGAGGCACCGUACAUGCUGCCUCAAAGGCAUCAGCAUAGUACCUCUGUCCCAAGGCAAACUUUGGCACCGGAGCGACGCGAGCCCUCGGCUCACCGACAAUCCAAUCAGGGACGAAGUGGCGCUGCUAGUCCAAGUCGUUUGCCUCAGAGCCAGCCGAAGGCACUACGAUUCCCUCAGCAGCCGCUGGUACAGGCACAGCCACAGGCACAGCCACUGGCACAGCCACAGGCACAGUUACAGUCACAGCCACAGCCACAGGCACGAUACUCCCAGCAGCCACAGGCACAGGCACAUCGUGCCCAACAGCAACGACAAUAUGCCAGUCCGAAUCACCUUGAAAGCCGAGUGCUACCCACUUCAGUCAAUCAAUCGUUUCCCGGUUUUGUACGUCCGAUCCCAGUAGAUCCCAGAUCCGAACUAGCCCGAACCUUCCCACCGAGCACACCCAUCCCGUCGAAGCCACAACGACUCACAAGUCAACCAGCAAAAGAGAAGCCUCUUUCUAGCUGGCCACAGAAUCCUGAAGCAACUUAUACCAGGCCACCAAAUCAAGCGCGAAGCCCCAACAGGCCACAACAUCCAGAAGCAGCAUACAGUCGGCAACAAGAUGAUGAUCGAGCCGCCAGCAAUCCACAAAAUCAGGGUGCAGCUCUUAUGUGGCCACCAGCAAACGUGAAUCGUGCUGCCAGCAAGCCACAGUACCAGGAGGCAGGUCCUAGGAGGACACAAAAUGAAGAUCAAGCUACCGCCAGGCCACAACAUCGCGAGCCAGCAGCUCCACCCAGUCCACAAAAUGAAGAUCGACGUGACAGCAGGCCGCCACCACAUCAUGAGGCAAUCUUGCCACGCACGCAAAACCCAAGGGCCGCCCAACGGCCACAAUCAAUGCAGCCGUCAACACGAGCACCAGCCGAGGAGGCUGUCCCUGUUCCCGAGAAUAGGGGACCGGCUGCCUUCUAUCGCGGCAGCUUUUUGACAGUCCGCGAGUCGCUGGAGCAUCUGAACGAGAGCAGCCGGGGACCCGUGUAUCGCAGGGAACCGAUUAGCCAUUUGCGAGCCAACACCCGACGCGGCUUGGUGCUGAAUCCCGACUCCGAGUCGCUGCUCGCCACGACGAGGUGGCCGGGAAUGCUGCAAAGCUACCAGGGGUACAUCUUCGGCGGCCCCAACAUCAAGAGUCCGGGCGGAUGGAGCUGGCGCCGGCUGUUUGGCAGCUACAUGAAGAAGUGGAAAUCCAAAACCUAGC